GUUACCCCCUUUGUUGUUGUCGCCACCUCUUGUUAUCACCACCGUCGCCAUUAGCUUGUGCGUCGUCGUAAAAAAGGUUUUCAACCCGAACCAUUAACUCUACCUCACGCCUCUUUAUCAUCAAUGGACAAGUCACUCGAUGAGAUAAUCUCCACCCGUCCCAAGGGCAUUCGUCGUGCAACUGGUCGUCGGGGGAGUGCCAAAACACAGGUUUUGGGUACUGGCGGUGCAAGUCCUUCCACUCGUGCUCGUCAUGCAAACAAUGCUCCUGUUGUCAAUGGCGCUAAGGCUGCCAAUGCGGCGCCUGCGUCCACACAGCCCGCUGACAAAAUUAUUGUGUCGAAUUUACCACAAGACGUCAACGAGGCCCAGAUAAAGGAGCUUUUUCACUCAACCGUUGGUGCGCUUCGAGAGGUUACGUUGCAUUAUGACAGUGCAGGCAGGUCGAAGGGUGUUGCAGCUGUGCAUUUCCAGCGGAAAGGAGAUGGCACCAAAGCCUAUCAGCAGUACAACAAUCGACUUAUCGAUGGGAAACGUCCCAUGAAAAUCGAAAUCGUCGUUGACCCCGCCCGUCCUGCACCACCUACAUCGCUCGUCGCCAGAGUUGCUCCUCCGCCUGCAACUACGACUGUUGUAGCUGCGCAAGGUGCAAGACCCGUUCGCGGAGGAGGAGGUCGUAGAGGCAGAGGUCGGGGACGGAAGACAAAUGAGAGGCCUCAAAAGAGUGUUGCAGAUCUUGAUGCAGAGAUGGAGGAUUACACUGCCAGUAAUAGUGCUGCCCCAGCGGCUGCGUAAAACUUUUUAUAUUGUUAAUGUUGCCAUUGUCCUUUUUUGCGUCCUUAAUGCGUCUGAUUUGUUGGCCUGUCUCUUUGUUCUCAUACCCACCCUUCCAUCGCCGUGAUCUUGUUUUCUCUCGUGGUUACUCGUUAGAUGUAACCUGUACUCUACUGCCAUGUUUGUCUCAUGUCUUGGACUGAUUAAUGUUAUGUGCGAUGGUCCCCAUCGAAUUGGUGGUGUCAUUGUGGUGAGACCGUCGCCUGUAGUAAUG